ACGCUAUUGAUUUUUGUUCAUGAAUUAUGUAAAUACCUAAUUCUAAAUUCAUUGUCAUAAGAUCAACGUUCAGUUCACCUAUGGCUGUUUACACUACUCUGCUAAUUGAAAUGAUUCGCCUUUUUAUUCCAUCCAUUCUCGUAUUGUUAUUACAUUUUAUUGAUUAGAUAUAACAAGGCAUGUUCUAUUCAUAUGCAAGUUAAAAAAACAACCAACAUAAUCACAGGUCAUUUUAAAGUAGUUCCUAAACUACUAUCUCACAGUUACACCCUUCAGAGAAAUUAGAGAUUAACUCUUGUAAAGUGAAGUAUGUGUUAUGUCUUUCGUGCAUGUUCAUAUGGGAUCUAUUUUGACGUACUAAGUUAAAAAAUUCUGGACAAGAUAUAUAACCGCUUAAUAGUUAAAGAACAAAAUAUUGUUAAUCCGACUUGAGUAUCACUUUAUCUAUUGUUUAAAUGAUCUAAAUUCAAUAUGUGAAAUUUUUACCAAUCGUACUCAUCUUGAUUAUAUUUUACUUUGUGCUAUUGUAAAAUCUCUCAACAUUCAACUUUAAGUUCACUAGACUUCUAACAAUAAUCACUGGCGUUUUCUAUAUGCAUAUUGAUUAAUUAUCUCAAUCAAGGCGCGAACUCACUACACACGAAAUAGUUUUAUUCUAUAGCAUAACAACAAAGCUGUUCCUUAUUGAUUAGCCCAAAACAUCAGGAUUACUAAAAUGUAUUUAUAAUCAAACAUCUUCGUUCCAAGAUUUUGUACUUUUCAUACGAAACUAGCUAUUAGGUAUAAUAAACUUGCAACUAUAAAUUCGUUAUAAGUUUGUAUACUUGAUGUGAAAUUAUAGUUACUGUUUGAUUAAUAUAGGUAUUACCCUUGAUACCGAAAACAGAGUGAGAGAAACCAAUUUCAAACUUACAACUCGAGUGUUGUUUGCAAGCGUAUCCUACUUUUAUUAUCGGUGUUUCAGUUAGUGUCCUGUUUUCAAAGUUAAUAAAACUUUACUUCCGUAUUAUUUUUCUUAUUCUCCAAAUAUUGUGGAAGAAAAAUUAGUUUUUUUCAUACUCCAGUUUUCAUGGUCAACUGCAUAACUUGCUGAAAGGAUAGAUAUUACAGUUAACAGUUUCUUUGUGAUGCCUUUGGUCUUGUUGUUGUUGUUAAUCUUAUUGUGUUAAUAUGCUAUGGAAACACAUCUGUGCCAGGCUCUGCGUUAGUGUCAACUGACUGGUAACUGACUCUUGUAAUCCACAAUUGUUAACCCUUACAAGGUUGGUGUUUCACUUUUGUUUAUUUUUUUUGGAUGCCUACUUUUCCAGCUCUCAUUGCUCGGCGUCGGAAAAAGCUCGAAACAGAAUUUGAAGAAAAUUUACAAGCGCGGCGUCGUAUGGCUUCAAUUAAUAGUGAUCCGUCGGAUAAUAAAAUAAACAAAACUGAGGAUUCUGACAAGAAGAAUUAUGAUAGGGAUGAACAUGGAAAAAGCGAUGAACGAUGGUCUUCAUUAAAUGAUAUUUCCAGCGAAGCUAAGUUUAACAGUUCUACGAUUUCUACAAAUCAACAUCAUGGUCCCAGUUACACGUCACCGCGUUCAUCGAAUACUUUUACGAGCAAAAACUUCCAUAAUUCUCACCGUCAAGAAUUAGAAGCUGGUGAACUAUCGGAUGAAUCUCCAAAUCGUUCAAAAAAACAAAACACAUCUCCUUUAUUAUCAUCUAAACGAUCCAGUAGUCAUCUAUCAUCACAUAGUAGCCCAGUACGUUGUCAACCUCUGACUCAAAAACGUAAGUUAUCCUCUGUUGGUGAAUCUCAUCCAUCUGAUAAUGUGAUUAAAGAAAAAGAAAAAAACUAG